ACUUGACUCGAGAAUGAUUCUGUAUGCUUCACUGAGAACUUAUAUCACUUAAUAUUUAAGUGCAACACUUCCGGUGCCGGCGUUAUCUACCAACCUCCCUUGUUUUUAAGUGAUCAAAUGCUACAGCUUCUGCUUCUUGUCUUGUUGGAGGAGUGAGUAAAAAUUGAAGAAGCAAAGAAAGAGCAUGGGCGGUGGCAGAGCUCCCUCAACUACUCUCUCUGUUGAUUAUUGUUCUUCUGGAGGAGAAAUUUCAGAUAACUGGUCAAUGGAGCAAAGUGUUGAUGACCCAUUAUUAGGAAUCAACAAACCUUUCGGGUGCAUUAAUCAUGGAGAUGAUUCUGCUUUGAAAGAUGAGGAAUUAGAACAGAAUGAAAGGAUUGGGAUGAAAUAUGAUAAUCUUGAUGAUGUGGGUCGUUCACCUUGCUCGAUUUCGUUCGAUGAUUCUAUCCGUCAGAGGAGGAGAAGGACGGGUUAUCAAGAAAUCAUGAGGAGUUACCUUAGUUUGGAACUGCGAAAGGGAACCCUGGAAGAAGCAAAGAGUCAAAUCCUGAGCUACACCCCUGGAGCAUGGAUUGAGGAGGUAGGUGGUCUGAGGAGGGGUGAUUAUAAAUUACCAAAGACAACAACGCUCCUCUUGAUCGGUCCAAGAGGAUCUGGGAAAAGUAGUCUUGUGAAUAAAAUUUCUGGGGUCUUUGAAGGUGACAAGUUUUCAUCAGUGAGGGCCCAAGUAUCAUAUAAUUCAUUUUUUGAAGGUGGGACCUACUUUCUCCAAGAGUACAUGAUUCCAAGAGGCUCAACUUCCUUCUGUCUGUAUGAUACACGCAGUUUGUCAGACAAUUUAUCUGAUAACUAUGAGAUGCUCAAGAGUUGGAUUACUAAAGGUGUUCGUCAUGGAGAACUAGUUAUCAGGGAUUCAGACAGUCCCAGCAUCAGGAAGAGCAUGAAAUGCAAAGCACGCGGGAUUGGCUACUGGUCCAAAGAAGCGAGGAUGGUUAAUUUUGUCAUAUUUGUUGUCAAUGGAGUAUCAGUCCUAAAAUCUAUGGACGACAGUAAUGAAGAUGAGCAAUAUCCUGACAUGCUUGCUAAGACUUUCAGUUGCCCAUACUUGUCUUUCAAAGAUGCUAAGCCUGUUGUUGUUUUCACACAUGGUGAUCUACUUUCACGUUCUGAACGUGCUCGUGUCCGCAUUCAUUUGGGGGAGCUGCUGGGCGUUCCACCAGAUAGACAAAUCUUUGAUAUUCCAGAAAAAAUUGAUGCAGCUACCGAGUUGAUAAUACUAGACAUGCUACAAUAUUCCCUUGAGCACGCUGAUAGGAAUCUUCCUUGUAAAAACAGGACUCUGGAUAAGGUUGUAGCAGUAUUUAAAGUGGUGGGUCUGGUGGGUAUUUUCUUGUUAGCUUUCUGCAUUGCCCAUAGAUUGCGGAAGCUGAUGGGAAAGGGUAUCCAUCGCAUCCCUGCACAUGAAGCCCCCUUAGAUUGGCAUGCCAUCCGGCACUUGUGGUUGGGUUGAGAUACCUGCAGAUUGUGUUCAUACUUAUGUUCCCCAUUGUACAGAAUGAAGGACAUCAUCUAAUGUAAUUUCUUUUGGUAAAUGAUCAUGCCAUACCAUCGACUUUGCCACAAAGAUGAAACCAGUGGUUUCUCCACACUUGUGGUCAUUGUGGUGUACAUCAAUAUCAGUAAAAACAUACUUGGAUAUUGUAGCUGCAUGCAACUAGCAUCUUUCGGCCCCACAAUAGCAGAUUGAUUUGGGAGAAACAUUAUCAUUAAAGUUCAUAUGAUAAAGGAAAGCAUGAAAAUGUCUGCAAUUGUUAUCUAUCUGCUUGAAGUGAAUAAAAGUGAUGUAAUAAAAAUUUCACUUUUCCAACCAAA